CAAAAAAUUCAGUCGUUCUGCAAAGCUUACCCUAAAAGCAACAACUAGCGGUAGAAUAAACGAAAUAAAAACAAGUUUUGUUUAAAUAAUAUAAAAGUGUAAUUGAAUAAGUAAAACAACAAAAUGCAAUUCAACAAUCGUUUAAUUUUGAAAAUUAUUGAAUUGGUCAUUGCCAUUGUGUGUAUUAUCUUGUGGGAAACCAAUGGAAACUUUUCCAAUAAUGCCUUGAUUGUUUGCGGUACCAUGGGCGGUUUUACCAUUAUCUGUGGUGUUCUUUUAUUGGGACACAUUAUCAACUCGGUGGUAGAGAAACGUCUUAAUGGUUUAUUCUCCAUCAUUGGCUGCGUAUUGUUUGUGAUUUCUGGUGCUUUGAUCAUUGAUCAAUGGCACGAUAGAUCUGAUCUUUUGUUUAAGGAAAGCAAACGUAAUGCUUUAGCUGCCGGUUCUUUAAUGAUCAUCAAUGGUGCUGUCUUCCUUAUGGACACCAUUUCCAUUUUCAGAACCCGCGCUGAAAUACCCGUCAUACGUGAGGUCAGUAAAAAUAAACUGGAAAUAAAUCGUUAUUGAGGUCGUCUUUAAGGUCUUACAAACAGGCCUAUUUUUAGCCUCAUUUUGGACUGCUGCUAAAACUUUAUUCUUUAAAAAAAAUACUUCCUAGUUU